GGAUGCUGAGGGACUGAGCUCGCGCAGUCUCUCUGCUCUCCGCGCGCCUGACCGGACGUGCGUGGUGCGCGUGCGCUGCUGUGGGCGGAGCGGCGCGAGCGGAGCGGAGACACGGCGCGCGCGGGACACGGAGCCCACCAUGAUGAAGAUGAUGUUGGUGAGUGGAGGCUCUGUCGUCAACGCAGAGGCGGUAUGGGAUCAUGUGACCAUGGCGGACCGCGAGCUGGCCUUCAAGGCCGGUGAUGUCAUCAAGGUCUUGGACGCAUCCAACAGGGACUGGUGGUGGGGGCAGAUUGACGAUGAGGAGGGCUGGUUCCCCGCAAGCUUCGUCAGGGUGGACCCCAGCUCCACCCAGGCUCCGACCAAGCAGCAGCUUUUUUACAUCAACCCCGUCGUCGUCCCUCGCUGCACAAACGCUCCGGCAAAGCUGUGGGCGAACCAGGAGGACAGUGCAGCGGUGGAGCCAGCAGAGGGCAGUAGUGACGUGCAGAAUGGUCACGCAGAGGCUAGUCCAAACCCCAGCACGGACUGCCUCUGCCUCGGCCAGCCAGCUCAGAACAGAGACCAGAUGAGGGCGAACGUCAUUAAUGAAAUAAUGAGCACAGAGAGACACUACAUCAAACACCUGAAGGACAUCUGUGAGGGUUAUCUGAAGCAGUGCAGGAAGAGGAGAGACUUGUUCAACGACGAUCAGCUGAAGGUCAUCUUUGGGAAUAUUGAAGAUAUUUACAGAUUCCAGCUGGGAUUCGUCAGAGAUCUGGAGAAACAGUUCAACACAGAGGAGCCUCAUCUCAGCGAGAUUGGACCCUGCUUUCUGGAACACCAAGACGGAUUCUGGAUCUACUCCGAGUACUGUAAUAAUCACGUCGACGCGUGCAUGGAGCUGACGCGCCUUAUGCGGGAUGGGCGGUACCAGCACUUUUUUGAAGCCUGCCGAUUGGUGCAGCAGAUGAUUGACAUCGCCAUCGAUGGCUUCCUCCUCACUCCAGUGCAGAAAAUCUGCAAAUAUCCGCUGCAGCUGGCAGAGCUGCUUAAAUACACCGUACAGGAGCACAGUGAUUACCGGUAUGUUGCUGCUGCUCUGGCCGUGAUGAGAAAUGUAACUCAGCAGAUUAACGAGCGGAAACGGAGACUCGAGAACAUCGACAAAAUCGCCCAAUGGCAGGCCUCCGUUCUGGACUGGGAGGGUGAGGACGUUCUGGACAGAAGCUCUGAGCUGGUCUACACUGGAGAAUUGUCCUGGAUCUAUCAGCCCUACGGCCGCAGCCAAACCAGAGUCUUCUUCCUGUUUGACCACCAAAUGGUCAUCUGCAAGAAGGACCUGAUCCGCCGUGACAGUCUGUACUACAAAGGGCGGAUCGACAUGGACCGCUACGAGGUCGUGGACGCGAUCGACGGCCGAGACGACGAUUUCAACGUCAGCGUGAAAAACGCUUUUAAACUGAGGAACAAGGACUCGGACGAGAUCCACAUAUUUAUCGCCAAGAAGCUGGAGGAGAAGAUCCGCUGGCUGCGAGCGUUCCACGAAGAGCGCAAGAUGGUGCAGGAGGACGAAAAGAUCGGGUUUGAAAUCUCAGAGUAUCAGAAGAGGCAGGCGGCCCUGACGGUCAGGAGAGUCACCAAACAGAAAGGCGUUGGCCGGUCAGCCCCCCCUGCCUACCCCCCUCCUCUGGACCCCAUGAACCCGGGUCAGUUCCUGCUGCCGGACGGUUACGGCCAGGCGGACGGAUACGAGUACGGACCCAAACGCAGCACAUCUCCCUUCUGGCAGAACAUCAGCCGGUUAGCCCCCUUUAAGAAAUAACGCUAACAGCAGCGCUGAGCUGAGAGAGGAAAGACGGACUGCUGUAUUUUUCUGGAACAAAAACAAACAAACGAGCAAACAAACAAACACACACAUGAAAAACAAAAGAAGAGGAAGCAGAAGAAGAAACACUAUCCUACAUGCGGUGGAGAAGAAAGCGUGAUGUCCAGAGGAGAGAGACUCACUGUGGGAGAGGAGAAGAUAUGGGCUGGUUCUGUCCUGAGCCUUUGGCGCCCCCUCCUGGGCUGGCUACACAUUACACAGUUCACUAUGGAGACACACGUACAGACAAACACACUCACACACACACACACACACACACACAGUAGGGCUGGCCUUCACAACAUUUAGAGGCUUCAAACAUUCAUCGAUACUACCCUUAAAAACAGUAAUAGUUCCUAAUAUUUCAUAAUUAACCAUUAUUUUAAAAACGUUUAUGCCUUUUUAAAUCAGAACAUCCCAGUUCUUCAUGUAACGAGCGGUUUUACACAUUUAUUCUUCCUUUUUUACAACGGACGCCCCAAUAAUACAGAAAAACAAGUGCGCGUCCAAGCGUAAAGUCCAGUAAGGAGACGGAUGAGUCUGACUGGACUUCUUACCCAGACGGCAACGUUGAUGCUGAAGAUGCGAAUCUCUUUUAAAUGUCUGUGUCCAUGUUGACGGCCAGUUAAGCUGAAUGGAAAGCUCAUAUUCCAUUGCUGACAUGCACCUUUAAAAAAGAUGGUUCUAUUUAGAACCACGUUUUCAAAUUUAGUCUAAAACACUGAAAUAAAUCCUGAAUAAAUUCUUCCUCUCAGGAUUGAACUGAAUUUUAUUGGUUCUACACACCUGUAAAGAUGGUUCAUCAAUAAUAAAAAAAACGUUUCUAUGUAGAAUUAUCGCCCAAAGAACCCUUUGCAUGAUUAAUGGGUUCUUUGAAAGGUAAAACGGUUAUUCAGAUCGAUGGACAAUGUGUUCUGUAUGGUUCCGUAUACAACUUUUUUGAAAAUGGUUCUAUAUACUACCACAACGUUUUAUGCAGGUGUUACGAUGUCAAGCCUGUAACUAUAGAAGAACUCUACUCAAAAAGAUUCUAUCUAGAACCACUUACAAAUUUCCAUCAGUCUAAAGUGCCAUUUUAUCGUACAGAGGGUUCUGUAUUUUACCUGAAAUUAUCAACAAAUAUCAUCUAGAAGAUGAAGAAUAUCUAAAUCCUUCAUUUUGUCAAGUGUGUAUUUGGUUUCGGUGUCGCUACAAAAGUGUUUUGCUGCGUCUCGCCGCUCGCUUAUUUCCGGGACCGCCAUCUGUUUUUGGUCAGACUGAGGAAAAGGAAAGAAAUCAGAGUAAGAGCUCACACUGAAAAAUCUGAAUACUGAGCUACAGUCCACUGAGAAAUCUGAUUACUGAGCUACAGUCCACUGAGAAAUCUGAUUACUGAGCUACAGUCC